AUUUGUCAUGUGUAUGGUUUAUCAGAGACUGUAACUUGUAUAUGUCUAAAUAACAUUGAAUCAUUAUCCCGAGAUAUAGGCCAUUAUGUAUAAAUAAAGGACAUAUCUUCAUUUGAUUAAAUAAAUGUAUUAAUAAUUCAAAACAGAUAUUGUUACAAGUGUAACGUCUUCUGCGAAUAACAUUCUUUUUAAAAGAAUUGAAUAUGACACACGGUGCGGGAGGUAUUUCUCAUGGCGGAGGGGGCGGAGGUUUCAGUGGGGGCGGAGGAUUUUCCACGGGGACGUUUCACACAUCACAUUACAGGCAUUCGCGCAGAAGAAGAGAUGGAAGUGACGGGGAGGGAGUCGAAUGUUGCUGCGCUCUUUGCUAUCUAGUUUUGUUCUUGCUAUGUCUGACAAAAAUGAAACCAAAGACAAGAAUAAUAUUGACAUGGUUUUAUUGUAUUUUGGGUGCUGGGCUUACAGGAGGAUUAAUUGGUCGACAUUACCAUUCGGUUAAUCUGUCAGCCUCCCCGGAAGAUAUGAGAAGCGUCGACAAAAUAUCGUCAACAUUUUGUCAAUCUGUUCUGAUUGAUUCAUCUUCCCAAAUAAUGACUUACAAGUUCACAUCCAAACCUAGGAUUAACCAAACUUCAUCUGUGAAAUAUGAAAAAAGUAUCAGUGCCUCGAUUUCGAGAAACAGCUAUGAAUAUUGGGGAUUUUACCUCCUGGAAGGGUCUUCAGUUGUGUUAACUGUAUGCCCGGAUGACAGAUUGGAUCUCUAUAUCAUUAAAGGCAAAGACAAUCUUGAUGCUUGGAUUGAAAAUGCAGACUGUAAUGACUGUUAUGAAAGCUAUCACUACAUUUUCUAUUGCUCUGUUCAGAAAUAUGCAUCGAAAUUUGAUAUCACAGCCUCGACUUCAGACCAGUACUAUUUCCUGUUAGCAAACGAUGAUUACAGCAUUAUAAAACCAGGACCAGCUGAAGCACAAGUAGAUAUCAGAUUAAACAGAAAAACAUAUAACAUGCAAGGGUCGUCAAUCGUUUGCUUUCAUGAUUUCGACUGCGACGUGCCCAUACCGAUAUCAGGAACUACAAGUGUGGUAUUUUAUGUUCCACCUGAAAAUUCUUUUGACACAUCUGUAACAGUAUACUGCCGCCCUCGUGUCUAUAUGUAUAUCCUUUUAUUUGCAAUUGUGCCAGUGACAUGUGGAACAUUGAUAACUUGUUUGAUUCUACGAAUAUCUAGGACAUCUAGACGUCAGAACAGUAGAUCUGACAGUCAAAUAUUUGCAGUUUCAAACUCAGACCAACUACAUGGAUAUGCAAAUGAAAGUUGUCAAAUUAAUGUUAGCCCGCCUAACUACACUGAAGCUCCGCCUAGUUAUGAAGAAGCUGUGGCCAGAGGGUGAAAUAAGAGUAGAAUUGCUAAUAAUAUAUAAUCACAUGACAGAGUAUUUACAAAUCAUAUGACAGAGUAUUCAUAUAUAACGAUGUACUGAUAUGCAUUAUGCAUAAUUGGUUCGCAUUAGUGAGGAGAUUUUACUUUGUACCUAUGAAACUGACAUCACGGGCUACGGAGAUAAACUUUAAAUUAACUCUCUUUAGAUGUCUACAUGUAUUUCUAACAUGGUAAAAUAAGGUCAUUUGGCCUACAAGACCUCGUAAGACCUGUUUUUCCAACAUUUUAACAUUCAUGUAUUGAGAUGUUCACUUUGAAUUGAUUAAACAUCCUGUUUAAAUUAUUUAAAAAAUAAUUGGAUAUUAUUUUCCAUUUCUAUAUCACAAAGAGCAUGCAUUGUUGUGAAGAAAAACAUAUAUUAAUUGUAUACUAAAAUGUAAAUAUAUAAAAAAAAAUGCAAUGUAUACAUAAAUCUAAAAUGUAAGAUAAUCGAUAAUCAAAUUAUAUAUAUUAUCAUAAUUAUAGAUAAUCAAAAUAUAUCUAAAAUGUAAAAAUGUAUACUUGAAUGUCAAUAUGUAUACUGCAAUGUAUAAAUGUAUACUUAAAUGCCAAUAUGUGUGCCAAAAUGUAUAUUAAAUGUCAGAAUGUAUACUCAAAUGUCAAUAUGCUAGCUAAAAUGUCAAAAUGUAUAUUAAAAUGUCAAUAGUAGGGUUCUCACUUAAAUUUUAAGAAUGGGAGUACUAGGACUCCUAGACCAGAAAAAGAGUCCCAAAUCAUGUCGAAAAUAUGUAUUCUAAAAUGUCAAUAUGUUUGCUAUAUUGUCUAAAUGUAUACUAAAAUGCCAAUAUGCUUGCUCAUAUAUAAAAUUGUAUAUUAAAAUGUCAAAAUAUGUAGUAGUCUUUAAAUGUGAAUAUGUAUUCUAAAUUGUCAAUAUGUUUUUAAAAUGUCGAAAUGUGUACUAAAAUGUCAAUCUGUAAACUAAAAUGUCAAUUUAAUGUCAAUAUGUAUGCUAAAAUGUCAGAAAGGCCUCGACAUUAACUUUUUUAGCAGGUGGUAAGCCAGACCACUAGAUUUGAAAUUUAGGUUGUCCUUCCGGAAGUCAGGUGGUCAAUUAUUAUUAUUUUAUUGUUUUUGAUUUUUUUACUCUUUUCAUAAAAAAAAACACUGCAGAUUUAGCUUACAAUAGCAACUUAAGAAAACAUAUUUUUAGAUAUAUGUUUUCAUCUAAUCAGAAAUUGAGUAGAGCAAGUCAGUAAUCAGGUAUUCUUUUUGUAAAGUUUUUGAUUUUUAUCUCAUUUAAAAAUACACAACAGGGCACGCAUUUCUGUAAAAUUUUAUAUUGAAGUGACUUCUCCCUUAACUCUUAUAAUCAUAACAAUUAUCUUUUAUAAAUGAACAUUUUUAAUAAAACUGUUAAAUUAUCUUAUUAUUAUCAUUGAAAACAAGGAAAUAUCUAAAGGAUAAUAAAGUAAAACUAACAUGUAUAUAGAA